GUAAAAUCAUAUCAGACACCUGCUAUUGAACUAAGUUACUUGUGUUUUAAACAUGCAUUAAGACACUUUUAUUUGCUUUGUAUUACUUGUUUUGAAUGUUAUGAUGUGUAAUAUACAGAUAAUUCAACAAUAGUAUAUUUGGUUUUAAAAAUCUGAAGUAUUAUGUUGACAUACUGCAAAAAUAGUGGGCAUUCAUGCUAAAUAAGUGUGUACUAAAAUGUUAUUGCAGUCAGUGUUUAAGGCUCUAAUCAUUUGCCUAUUCAGUGGAUUAAUGUUUACUUUAUAUUUAACCAACACAAGACUGUUCAACACAUUCUUUACAGCAACUUCACUCAAUCGCACAGAAACGACUGUGUUUAAACAUAGAUUAAGUGGUAUUGUAAACUACCAAAAUCACAGAAAUGCACCCGAAGGUGAAUUCAUCCAAAAUGAUGAUGACUCAAUAGCUCUAAAACUAGUUAAUGAUGUCCGUGUCCUAAUUUGGGUUAUGACCUCACCGGACCACUUACCUGUCCAGGCUAAGGCUGUGAAAGACACCUGGGCACGUCACGGUCACGUGCUCUUCUUCAGUUCUGUUGACAACAAGACAUUCCCAACCAUCGGCCUCAAUGUCUCCGAAGGAAGAGAGCAUCUGAUGGCAAAGACGUCAAAAGGUUUCAGAUAUGUUUAUGAGAACCAUUUUAAUGACGCUGAUUGGUUCAUGAAAGCUGACGACGACACUUACCUGAUAGUCGAAAAUUUAAAAUACUUUCUGUCUGGUGAAAACUACAGUGAGCCAGUGUAUUUUGGUCAGUUGUUUUCCGUUUGGAGUAAACCAGAACUGACGCAAGGAUACCAAGGCGGUGGAGCUGGGUAUGUUCUUAGCAAGGAGGCGCUGAGAAGGUUUGGGGAAGGAGCUAGGCAAGCUAACUGUGCUGAGGACAGCGGUGGAGAAGACGUUCGUAUGGCCAUCUGUAUGCAAAGACUUGGUGUUAGGGCUGGCAGGAGUCAUGACGCUCUAGGCAACAGCCGGUUCCACCAGGAAUCUCCUGUGGUCCACAUCAACGGGAUGUAUAAACGGUGGUAUUUUAACAAGUCAAUAGAGGCCAUUAAACAGGGUGUGGACGGCCUCAGUGACUACACCGUUAGCUUUCAUCACGUGACUCCCGCAGACAUGUACGUGCUGGAGUUUUUUGUCUAUCACCUGCGGCCCUAUGGGAUACCAAUACAGCUCCAGAAGUUGAACAACAAUAAUAGUGUCUCCACGAUAACACUAUCGUCAUCUCGUGCAAGAAAAUAAUGUUUUUACAGUCUGGCUGCCAUUGAAAAUUGUAAGCGAGUUUUGUGUGCAGUCCAUCAACAAUUGAAAAGGGCUGUCUGCUGAAUACCAAAUUUAAAAAAGAAGAAAUCUCUGUUCAACAUAGACACGUUUCUCUAGUUUACAAUACUAUUUGGAUACUGUUUGUACGGCAUACAAAUGAGUUUAACCAAUAAAUAAUAAA